AGGAGGAGGAGGAGAAACAAGAGAGGGACAGCUCAAUAAUCAAUGGAGAAGAAGGUGGUUUGGGCUGAGACCAGUAAGCAAUUGGGCCUUGCUGGGCCUUUAAUAUUAGCAAAUGUGUUGCAGUUUAUUCUUCAGGCGAUAUCAGUUAUGUUUGUGGGUCACCUUGGAGAGCUUGCCCUCUCUGGAGCUUCCAUGGCUGCCUCCUUCGGCUCUGUCACCGGUUUGAGCGUGCUGAUGGGCAUGGGAAGCGCAAUGGACACAUUAUGCGGUCAAGCAUUUGGAGCGAAGCAAUACCAUAUGCUAGGUAUAUAUAUGCAAAGAGCACUGAUCGUCCUCACUCUCGUAAGCGUCCCUGUCGCCUUUGUAUGGGCAUUUACCGGCCAAAUAUUGAUUGCACUUCAUCAAGACGAGCAAAUAUCGACCGAAGCAGGCUUAUAUGCUCGAUGGAUGAUCCCAUCUCUCUUUGGUUAUGGCUUGCUCCAAUGUCACAUAAAAUUUCUACAGUCGCAGAAAAUAGUGAUACCAUUGAUGAUAUGCUCAGGCAUCACAACUUUGCUGCACAUUUUGUUUUGUUGGGUUCUUGUGUUGAAAUCUAGCCUCGGUGUUAGAGGUGCAGCUAUAGCGAUAUCUUUAUCGUAUUGGGUUAACGUUUUGUUGUUAGCACUUUAUGUCAAAUUAUCUCCGGCGUGUAAAAGAACUUGGACUGGAUUUUCUAGAGAGGCUUUGAAGGAUAUUCCUAAAUUCCUUAAGCUUGCGAUACCUUCAGCUGCAAUGAUCUGCUUGGAGUUUUGGUCUUUUGAGAUUCUUGUGCUCCUUUCUGGUCUGCUUAGGAAACCCAAGCUGGAAACUUCAGUGAUGUCAAUAAUUCUCAACACUUCGUCAACAGUGUUCAUGAUCGCCAUUGGUCUCGGUUCUGCAAUAAGUACUCGUGUUUCAAAUGAACUCGGUGCUGGAAAUCCACAAGCGGCUCAUUUAGCAGUCUAUGUUGUAGUAUCACUGUCCAUUAUAGAAGGUUUGGGUGUGGGAUUGGUUCUGAUACUUGUAAGAAAUGUUUGGGGGCACGCAUACAGCAAUGAAAGGGAAGUUGUGAGAAAUGUUGCCGGAAUGAUGCCUUUCCUUUCUCUUUCUCAUUUUGUAAAUGCAAUUCAAUGUGUACUCUCAGGCACUGCAAGAGGGUGUGGUUGGCAGAAGUUUGGUGCUAUCAUUAAUCUAGGAUCUUAUUAUCUUGUGGGCAUACCGUCUUCUGUGAUCUUAGCUUUUGUGGCUCAUCUCGGAAUAAAGGGUCUUUGGAUAGGAAUCAUUUUCGCACUUUUUCUUCAGGAUGUGUUGUAUGCAAUUAUCACAGUACGCACUGACUGGGAAGUAGAAGUUAAGAAGGCAAGAGAAAGAGUUUAUGACUCAAUUGUUGUAUGUGACUCUGCAAUUUGCCCAGGAGAAACGGCAUAAAAAGAUAACUAUUUAGAUUUUACAUUCGCUUUGGGUGGAUAUAAUUCUAUUUUUUUUUUCCACACCAUCUGUAUUACUCUGCUUAUGUUUUGUAACUACUCUCGUUAUCAGUCUGUGAUUAAGAGUUGAUGUUUUAAUCUUUUAUUGGUUAAAAGAGUUCAGUAAUAUGAAUGUUUCAGUCAGUCACCAAACUUGACUGGACUUGCCUCA